AACUUGUUGAAUGACAAGCAUAACGUCUAUAGGUCAGUAAAAGGUAAUGGUGCUCUUAAGGUUCAUAAGCUUUGUAGUAGGACUUCUGCUCUCUUCGGCUGCUCUUGGGGACUCCCUUGCACUUGCCGAUGAAGGCAUGGCAACACUUAGGCAUAAUGAUGGUAUUUUCAGCAGUGAUCGGGGGCUUGAAGACACCGAGAUGGUUGAUGGCACUGGAAUCAUACGGCUUGGAGGAAGGAAGAUGGUGAAGGAAGCCAAAGGCACAAUGAAAACAGGUGCAAACUAUUCUGUUGGAAAAUGUGGGCAUGGAGGAGCGGGAGAGUCGAGGUUAGGGUGUAAACUGAGUAAUAGACGUCUCCAUAGAAGAGUCCAUGGCCUUGUACCUUUCAGUGCUGACUACCACAGACCCGGAAACCACCCUCCCAAGAAUAACUAAAGCAACGGCUCUUAAAACUAGUUUUGUGGCUGAUGAAUGAGAGAGAACAUCUUUUAGUGUGUUAGUGUCCUAUAUGACUUCCGGUGCAUGUUCAAAUGGAUGUUCGUGUGUAACGAGGCGUCUCAGUUAUUAUGUCAGGUAGGAUUCCAAUCGCAGUUCUUACAUUAAUCCAAGUAUAAGAUUAAUUUAUAUCAAGUGUUCUUUUCGAUCAAA